CUGGAUUUCUGUGAGUCCUUCUUUGAGAUAGACACUAAGGCAUCAUCAUGAGUGACAGGCAGCCGACUGUUUUACCACGCAAAUCUAUUCUGAUUGACCAAGGUCCUCCAAAACGGUACCGCCUAAACACAGAAAGAAAACUGCUUGAUGAUAAUGGUAAAGUCAGAAAAUGGACUUAUGGGAUAAAAGACACCAGUAAACCAAACAAAACUGUUCUUCUGGUGGGAGAGACCGGUGUUGGCAAGACAGCUCUCAUUAACACUAUGGUCAACUACAUACUGGAUGUGAAGUUUGAGGAAGAAAUAUGGUAUGAAAUCACAGAAGAAGAAGCCAGAGACCAGUCAGAAUCACAAACCUCUGAAAUCACCAUGUAUGAGGUCUUUCCUAAAUGUGGCCCCAUCUCUCUCACCAUCAUUGACACUCCAGGCUACGGUGAUACGAGAGGACUGGACAAAGAUCUGGAAGUUGCUGAGAAUCUAUGCACACUGUUUCAAAGCAUCGAUGGAGUUCGUGAAGUUGACGCUGUAUGUUUUGUGAUUCAAGCAUCUAAGAAUCGUCUCUCAGACAGACAGCAUUAUAUUAUCAGUUCAAUUCUGUCUUUGUUUGGGAAAGACGUUGUGAACAACAUCGUGUUUUUAUUCACACAUUCUGAUGGUCUGCCACCUAAAAAUGUUCUUGGUGCGAUUAACAGAGCCAAAAUCCCCUGCAGGCGAGACCACGAAAAACAACCUGUUUAUUUCUUAUUCAACAACCGGCAGGCCGAAGCCCGUCACACGGAGAAGCGCUACAUUCAGGCUCAAAAAGGUGCGUGGGAUGACAGCAUGGAUGGCAUGAAGCAAUUUCUUCUGUCUCUAAAUAAAAUGAACCGAAGACAUUUAGAGCUGACUUCAGAUGUCCUGGCGAAGCGCGUUCAAUUUGAAGCAUUCAUCUGCAAUAUACAGCUGCAACUUCAAGAGAAGGAACAGAAAAAAUCUGAAAAACUUCAGAUUCAAGAGGUAUUAAGAAAAAACAAGGAAAAGAUUGAGCAGUCAAAAAGGUUUACUCUUGAAGUAAAAACAAGUGUGAAAGUGAAGGUGCCCAUUGAAAGCAAGUCAUGGAAGAGUAGAAAGGCGACAAUCUGCACCGUUUGUGAGGAAAACUGCCACGAGUUUGACUGCUGGUGGGCUUCUAGUCCCAGAAGAUGUCAAAUCAUGGAAAAGGAUCACUGUACCGUCUGCACAGGGAAGUGUCAUCACAGCAAACAUGUCAAAGAAGACAAGAAAUACAUCCUAAGCACCUCAAGCAUGACAAUGGAGUUUGAUGACUUCAGAAAGAGAUUUGAAAAAGCUCAAGAACAAACCAAGAGAUAUUUGGUUAUAAUGGAUCAUCUUGACAAAGAUCUAAAGGCAAUUGAAGACCAAAAAGAAGUCUUUCUGUUCAAUGCUUAUACAACCAUCAAGCGUCUCUCUCAGAUCGCAUUAAAGCCAGACUCUGCAUUUACUCUUCAGCAUCUGGACUUCUUCAUCCCCAGACUGAAGGAGGCUGGGAAAGAAGACUGGGUCCAAGAGCUGGAGGAAAUGAGGAGAACCGCUGAAGCUGAGGAAGCCAAUAAAGAUGCUCUGAGUUAUCUGAAAGCUGGUUUGGCAAAAAUGUUCUUCAGUGGGCAUAAAUAAAUGCAGACAUGACAGCAGCUGAAUCAGUGGAAAUGAAAAAGAAUGCUUUUAGAGGAACAGAUUACUUCUUUUCCUAACGGUUCAAAACUCUCAGGAUCUGUCAAAUAUGAAUGUCUUUUCUGUGCUUAACCAUUUGCUUAUAUUAUUCAUUUCAGGUGAUCUGCUUCUUUAAAACUGUUGUAACAUAAAGCUAAAAUCCUUAACUAAACUUUCAUAAACUUAAUAUAAUCUCAUUUGAUUUGUUUCUGUUUGAAGACAUGUAACACAUGAUAUUUACAACAGUUCACAAAUUGUUUUUGCUCAAUUUCAAAUAAAUUUCUUGUGCAAACAGA